CUUAACUAAGUAUUUAUCUUUUUUUUUUUUUUUUCGUAUGUUUCGUACUUCGUACUCAUUUUUUAGCAUUUUAUAGAAUAUAGAGAUGCAAAAACAAGUGACAAAAUAAACAUUGUGCAAGUCAUCGAAAUGAAACACAAAAGUUGGUGCUAGCAAGUAUUGCACCUUAAUAAUACGAUUAUGGUUAAGGUGUUACGAGGGUAAAAUUAAGGUGAAAAAAAAUUGGUGGAUCAGUUUAAUUUUUUUUUUUUUUUUUUUCUUUUUUUGUAACACGUCUAUUUCGCCAUGAUGUAUCGAGACACUUUGGUGAACUUGUUAAAACCUCACAGUGGUCAGAUCCAACAACAAAAUCCACAUGUGCCAUUACAACAAAACAUUAUUAUGCCACAUUCGCAAAUUGGUGGAUCGCCACCAAUACCAGUUAUUUUAGACUCAAAUGCUGCCAUGAGUCUGGCAAUGGGCACAUCGAUGUAUCACGAAAGAUCUUUGAUGGCACGCAAUGAUAUUUGGCACAGAAUACUGAUCCUUCGCGGAGGCCUUUAUGACAAAGAAGUUAUAUUGAAGAGUAUUUUGAAAGCUGUUAAUCCAGCAGACCUGAUCCCUGUAAAAUAUCAGAUUAUUGGAGAAGAUUCUUGCUUUAUUGCUCGGAAUUGUGACAGAGCUCUAGAUUCACUUUGCAAAACUAGCUUGAUUGUUAACUGUCCUGAUGGAAAUCCUGUGAUUCUUUCAAUAACUCUUGGAUUUGCUUCCAUUCACGAUCUAAAAAUCAACAUCCAACCACUUUUGUUGACAGCACUGAAAAAAAGGUAUGACAGUGAAUCUAAAAAGCUAGAUUUGACUGAUUUUCACAGAGAUCCCGAUGUUUACAAUACAGUCUACUGCCCUCUGGCUCAGACCAAAACUUUGACUCAUGUUCUAAAAUUAGCCAAAACUGCGUUUGGCUCUAUUGACUACAUCAAUUUACAGAGUAACGAACUUACUUCACUUAUGUUGGUAGACACAGCAAAUAUAAAGUCUCUUAAAUGCAUGGAUUUAAGAGACAAUUAUUUUUUAAGAGUUGAGGCCUUAGAGCCUUUAAAAGCUAUCAACAUUUCGGAAAUUUGGUUGGAUGGCAAUCCUAUGUGUGAUAAUUAUUCAAGGGCAAAUCAAUAUGUCGAGGCUAUAAGGCAAUACUUCCCUCAUAUGACAAAAUUAGAUGGAGUACAAAUCAGUGCACCAGGAAUGCCAUUGAUUUUUAAAAGUUACGUAAAAAACUAUCAAAGAAAAUACCUCAUUGAACAGUUUGUCUACCAUUUUUUCAGAGCUUAUGAUUUUAGUGACAGAAAUGUUCUUAAAGGCUUGUAUGAUACUAAUGCAUGGUAUUCUACAACAGUUGGAACCCCUACCUCUCCAACUACAAAAAGAGCUCUUGAACCAUUUGGACCGGAAAAUAGAAACUUGUUGAUUUUCGGCAAAAACAGCCAACAGCUUUUGUAUCACGGGCAAGAUCAGAUUCUCAAAGUUUUUAAAAAUUUACCACCUUCUCAGCACAUUCACAGGUCACUUUGUUGCGAUCUGAUGUAUGACAGUGAUCAAAUGAUCAUUAUAUCCGUGGAAGGAUUAUUUAAAUCAAUGCUUGCUCUGAAUCAACUAUUUUCUUUCAAUAGAACAUUUGUUUUAGUAGCGAAAGAAGAAAAUGAAUACAAAAUAAUAAACGAUCAAUACCACGUAAAUCCACCGAUACAAAUGGCUGAUCACUUUAAAUAUAAUUUAGAGAAAGAAGUCAUUCCCGAGUACGAACCAAACUGUUUUAGUCCCAGUGAAAAAGAAAAUUUGAUUCUCAGUUUGCAAGAAAAAACUACAAUGGGAGUUGAAACGUGUGAAAAAUAUUUAAAAGAGGCAAAUUGGAGCUUGAAAAAAGCAAUCACGAAUUUUUUGAACCACCAUAAAAAUGGACUGAUACCCAAAGACUGUUACAAGUAAAAGUUUUGCUAAGAACGAAGAUGGUUUUUUUGUAAAAAUAAUCGUAAGUGUAAUUUUUACUUUAAUUCGAUAAAGCAAAAAAUAUUGUAAUAUACUUUCUUGUCACGAUCUUGAAUAAAUUUUUGUAAAACAUUUGAAAUGGAUAUUUUCGCGCGUAUUCUAUGGACUUAUUAUGGGGAGGGGGGAGAUUCGGGAGGGGAUGUGCUUUGUGUGCUGACUGCU